AUGGCGUUGAAAAUUCGUACGACACUGUUAUUUAUCCUUUCCGGGUUGUUCCUUGUGCAGAUUUUGUUGUAUUUCUAUAGUUCUGGAGCCCAGAAGGCUACACAUAAAUGGAAGAGAAGACAAUGCGAUUGUCCCGGGAUUGAGAACUGCUACCCUCAUCCAAAAGAUGAACACCUAUGCGGCCGCUGCUUUACCUGUAACAAGGAGAAAAUUAAUAAAGUAAAAUCAAUAAUCAAGGAUACCGCAAUAAUGCUCAUUACAAAUGAAGAGCAACUAAAUGAAUUAAUGAUAACGAUAGCAUCGAUUCACAAACAUUAUCCAGAACGCCAGAUCUUGGUUUACAACAGUUUCCUAUCACCACAGACGGCACUCCCAAGAAAAUUGCACGCGCUCGCUCAAUACGAAAGUGUUUUAUGGGUGAGCGAGGGGAUGGAGUUCCGAUCGCGGUCUAUCGAUUCUCAAUUAGAAUACGGGAAUGUGCCGGUUGUCUUGUAUGGAAGAGUGUCGUUGAAGCCUGUUUCGGUACUAGGCUUUACCCCAUUUUUCCCGGGAGCUGAUUUUUAUCCCAAAAAUUUCACGGCAGCACAUUUUAAGACAGCUAGCUGGGAAACGAUUGAAUGGCUUACGAAAUGUGCGGGUACCGCUUCUUGCUACGACUGUCGAGCUGCAGAUGGGACGGCGCUUGAUUGCCUCCCGUAUCUCCUCGCCCGUUUUUCAGCCGAUCGUCCCAUCGAAUACCGUAGCCUGCCCGGAAAUAGCUUGGAGGCGCAGGGCACGAAGCCGCCGGAAUGUGAUCUGAAAGAAUACAACAUGCUGAAGCUGUACUUGCUGAUACUGUUGAUCUUGAUUAACGAAUGCUUCGGAAUGUCUGUACUCGAAGCCUAUAACGAUCCUCGAUGGUCCAGGAGACGACAAGGCAUGUUAAACACCAGAUUUACGCCCGUGGCUCAUCAACGUGGAGAUGACGACUGGCAAAAACAACUAGGCCAAGCACGGCUUGUCGGCAAAAUCAUGGACGAAAAUGAGAUCGGAUUCGAGGUGGCCCCGCCGGUAAACGGACGGAUAAAUAGCGUCUUCAACCGUGCCGUCUUCUCCCCGGAAACGAAGACCCACCCGGCGGAAGGCCGAGCGGAUGAGGCGCUGGUUAUAUGCUUUGGACCAAAACACAUCGCCGCUGUUUAUGGC